AUGGCCUACGUUCUUGGGUUCAGCAACAAGCCGUUCAAGGACCCGCCGCCGCCGCCUAAGCCGCGCCCACGGCAGCCGAGCGGCUUGAACGAAAUACUAAGUAAGCCGAUUGGCAUCGUGGAGUGGGCUGCUAGCGAUGGUCGCAAGGGUAAACUAUCGGGUCGCGGCCAAAGUCGCUCGCACGGUGAACAGGGCAGGAAGGCGUCAUCGGAGAAAGGCGACGAUGACACGAAAGGCUGGAAGAGCAAGGGAGACAAGAAGGAGAAGGCUACCAACGACGAUGCAGCAGAAGGCCAGAAUCAGCACGGCUUCACUAAAGACGAAGAUGAGAAACUGCUCGCCUGGAAGAACGAAAACAAGAACAAGCCUUGGGCCGAGUUUGCCAAUGAGAUCGACAAACCAGUGCAUCAGUGCAAAGACCGCUACAAAGAGCUGAACGCGAAGGGCGGUAAUAAUUCUGCCGGCAAAGAGCAGGGCGGCAAAGGUGGCAGUGGUGGAGUUGCAGGCAAUCAGGAGAAAGACCCAUCCCAAAUGACUAAGAAGGAAAAGGCUGCCUGGUACAAAGAAAAGAACGCGUCAGGUGGAGGGAACAACAAAGGACAUCAGAAGGGCAACAAGAAAGAUCAGAACUCUGGGGGUAACGACAACAAUACUGAUGGUGACGACCCAUGGGGUGGCGGUGGGCUCGCAAUGUUCGGCGAAAACGAUGAUGACAAGAAGAGCAAAGCUGGCAGUACGACUGAAAACAAGGCAGCCGAAAACACCUGGGGUGGAUGGGGAGGGGCAGCAGACACAUCCGGCCGAAACAAUGCAGAAACAACUGCCUGGGAUAAUUCAGGUGGUUGGGGAGACACGCCAGCAGCGUGUGGUGGGAAGAACAGCGGAGGAAGCAAGAAGGGUACAAGCAACAAAGCUACGAGCAACAAAGGCGGCAAUAGUUGGGAGAACCCUGUCGGCAACACUACCGAAGCUUGGAACGCGGCACCAGACACUUCAGGUCCAAGCUGGAGUGGAGGAAACGACAACAAAAGUAAGAGCGGAAGCAAGAAAAGCGCUUCCAGUAACAAAGGUGACGACCAAUGGGGAGGAGGUGAUACUUCUGGUGGAGGCGGCUGGGAUAACACCGGCGGCAACAACGACACUCCUGGCUUCGAUGCGACAGCUAAUACAUGGGGCGGUGUAGGUGGAAGUGGAGGGGGAGGACCGGGAAGUAACAAGGACGCCUGGGCAGGUGGUGGAAGCCAAAAGUCAGCAUCCAACAACGGAGCCCCAGACGCCUGGACCGCGCAGGUUGAUGGUGCGAACGACACCACCAACGCGGGAUGGGGUGGCGCAGCCAACGAUGCGACCAACACCAACAAUGGUGGAGGAUGGGACACCAGCGCUCAAACCAACACCAACGUCAACGCCAACAAUAACACCGGCUUCGAAGCUUCUGGUUGGGGUACCGCACCCGCUCCCGCAAAACCCGCAUCAAAAGCCAACUCCCACAAGUCUGCUCAUCACCACUCGCACCAUCACUCUAGCAAGGACCGCACCAACACGCCUCUAGAGCUCGAAGUCAAGCCCGAUGGAACCUUCUCCGCAGAGGAUUUGAGGGUCGUUGCGCGUAUAUUACAGCAGGACUAUCAGAUGGUGUGGAAUCGGGUCAGUUGGCGGUUUAGGGAUAAGACGGGACGCACGAUACAGCCGGAUGUGUUUGAGCGGAAGAUUACUGGAAAGGUGGAGGGAGAGAGGAAGUGA